CCGACUUUUAUCACACUUGCAGCAGAGCUUCUUGAGCAAGACCAACACUUGCAUGAAUUUAUAAAUUUAAAAUGGAUAUUUUGACACUUGUUAGUCUUGCUCUAGCCGGUGCGUCAGCUCUGUUGGACAUCGUCGGCCUUGCUAUACCUUACUGGUUGAAUACUUCCAUUGGCGGGAUAUCGGCUCAUUCUGGCCUUUGGACAUCUUGUGCGCAGUCAACAUGUUAUGCGGCUACCGAAGUUUCUGGACGGAUGCAGGCAAUUCGAGCCAUGGUGAUUCUUGGACUGCUGUUGAUGGUUGGGGCUUCAGUCUCCUAUCUCUUACAGAGGUUUAUGAUGAAGAGCAACCAAAUGCUCACAAAAGUCGCCGCUGGACUCGCGAUUUCAGGAGGUAUUUUCAUGCUGAUCGGUCCAAUCAUAUACGCCACCACACCUGCAAUCAAACUUCUCGUGCAGUUAGGCUACAGUCUGCACGCCGGGUUCGCACUCUGUAUAUUGGCGGCAGUAGCGGGAAUAGCUGCGGGAAUUGCAAUGCUCCUUACGAAACCUGAAUAAUUCAUUCCAUAUUUGGAUGAAUAGACUAUGAACAAUUCGUAUUUGGUCCAAAAUCAGCUCAUUUUCAUACGUUG